AUGAUGCGCACUACGUGUCCUGCUAUAUAUGGCUCUGUUGGCAGUCCAGCGGGGUCUAUCAUUUCAAAACAGGUGAAAACCAAACUAAAUCUCUCCUUUUCACCGCCGUCAUCGUUUUCCCAAAGUCCUCAACAGAUAGACGAAAAUACCAUGCUGACCUUCAUAAUAAAUACUUCUCUAGGGAUCCUUGCUACUUGGGCCUUCUACAAGACGACUAUCGUCUUGCUGUUCCCCGAGAACCAUGCUGAGAUUAGUAUCCUUGCGCUUCUACGAUUGCUAGUCAGAGACUUUUUAGCCAGCCCAGGCCCUAGCGUUCUCCCGUUGGACCAAUUGAGCUACACGCUUCUCGAAGAUGCGCGUAAGAGCGGGCGGUUGCGGGGCGGAUACUUUGUGCUGCGCACUGAGAAUGGGGUUUGGUCGGAUGAGAAGGGGACGAGCUGUAUUUUAGAGAUACAGAAUAAUUGGAGGAAGAAUAACUGGAGGAAUAUGGAGGGGGAGUGGUACGCUUUGAUCAAAGAGCCAUUCGUCAGAUUUCAAACCAGGGAGGACGGUGAACACGUUGUCGCCUUGAUGGUCAGACAUCGAAGUGACUGGGAUGCCAUUCCUAGCACCUCCAAUCUCAUUCCCGAAGGCUUUCGUGUAGUGCAGGGGUGGCGAGAGAAAGGUAGAGAAGAACUUAAAGAGAAAGGAAAUGAUCUAUAUACCCAGGAAUCAUAUUGGGGUGCUUUCGAUCUUUACAAGCAAGCCCUUCACCAACCAGAAGAUUCGGUGCCCUCUGACCUGAUACACCGAAACUGUGCUCAGGCAGCGUUCAAACUCUCCCUUCGCGAUACGGCCAUUCAAGACGCCACGGCAGCAAUAUCAGCCAACCCAUCGGACCCCAAAAACUCCCUCAAGCUAGCUAAGUGUCACUAUGCUGCACGAAAUUAUGCCGAAGCGGAAACAAACCUCCAGAAAUUGGUGACACUCGAUCCCCUGAAUGUUAAAGGAAAGCUCCUACUCGAAAGAUGCCAUCAAAGGAUCGCAGAGACCAGGGGGGAAUACAAUUGGGUAAAGAUCAGAAAGCCGCUGAAUACGAGGCCUAGUUCCUAUCUCGAUGUCGCGGAUUAUACUGGACCUGUUGAAGUCAAAGUCGGUAAAUUCGGUAAGGGGUUAUAUACGACAAAAAACGUCAAAACCGGAGAUCUAUUACUCGUCAGUAAAGCUCUACAAUUUGUUUAUCUCUCCGACGGAGAUCUCGGCAACUCCGAAAAGUUGAAGGAUAUGAAACUGGAUUGCAUUCUCGAGGUUGCCGAAAGGUUACACAACGAGAAGGGUCUACAAAAAGGAUUCUUCGAGCUCUGGAGGGGAAAAGAGGGCGUGGAACCCAGAAUUAUCGAUGACACCUAUGCUCUAGACACGUGA